AUGACGGAGAACAGCGAGGUGGAGAGCGAGGUGCAGCUGCAGCGCUGCCCGAGCACCAUGUCCAUCCAGCCGAUGACCUCCAAGCUCCAAAGGCUAAAACGCUCGCUGUCUUUCAAGACCAUCAUGCGCAGUAAGAGCGUGGAGAACUUCUUCCAGAGAUCCUACAGCGACGCCCGCCUGCCGCCGGAUUUCAUCACCGACCCGCCGCCUCCUUCUCCCCCUCUGCCGCCCGGCUCUCCUCUGGUCGGGGAGCGCUCGCCAUCCAUCUCGCCCUCUCUCAGCCCCAACCCCUCCAUCUGCUCACACUCCCCCUCUCUCAGCCUCUCCCCAUCGCUGCCCAUCAAGCCUCCGAGACCACAGGUCACCCACUGUUUUCAGGACCACGUCUUUCGCAAGCCCACCAACUGCCAGCACUGCAAGCACAUGAUAGUGGGAAACUCCAAACAAGCUCUGCGUUGUAAAACGUGCAAGAUGGCCGCUCACCUGUGGUGCACCUCGGAACUGUCGCAGCAGCUGUGUCAAGGGAAGCCUGGAGCGUUCAAGCGAAACUUCAGCUCGCCAAUGCUUGUCAACGACCAACUGGCUGUCGUCAAGGAAGUUCAGCCGAGCCAAGAGGCUGGGCGGACGCGCGUCGACCCCGUGUACGCCGCCUUGCGCUUCGGGACGUCUUUGGCACAGAUGAGCCGCUCCAGUUUUGGCAGUUCAGAGUCUCCGACGCGCAGCCUGGGGGAGGGAAGUGAGGAGAGGCAGCAGAGACAGUGCAGCAUGGAGGAAGAGAUAACUCAGGAGACGGGGGACGUAGCAGUGCCAGACCCGGAGUUGGAGAAAGAGGAGGAAGACGAGAGCAGGGCCGAGGCCGAGACUGAGACUCCUGCGGAAGAGAGCAGCGUGACGGUGCCCAAGCGCAUUGAUGUUCACUCCAUCCACACCUAUGUAGCGCUCUUCAAGUUCCUGCCUCAGGAACAGAAUGACCUGGAACUACAUCCCGGUGAUCGGGUGCAGGUCACUGACGACUCCAAUGAGGAGUGGUGGAAGGGAAAGAGUGGCGACAAAGUCGGUUUCUUCCCGGCCAACUUUGUGCAGAGGGUCCGACCAGGAGAGAGAGUGUGGCGGGUCGUCCAGAGCGUCACCGCCACCAGAGAGAGAGGACACAUGGCCGUCAGGGAAUCCCAGAUCUGUGUGGGGAAGCGAGAGGACGGCGAGGAGUUUCUAAAGCUGAGCAGUGGGAAGAAGAGAGGCCUGGUCCCAGCUGACUCCAUAGAGGAGAUCUGAUCUUCAUCCUUCCACUUCUACUUUACCCACUAUCACAUCUUCAAACUAUCACCAACACCACUUCUUCCACAACCUCCCUCUGCAAAAAAACACACACAACAGCUGCGGCCUCUUUGGCCAGUCCUGACUGAAACCAACCUGGACAGAACACACACACGUCUGCAACGACCUGGAAACACAGCUCCCGACGGACACAUGGUUUCCAGUUGAGGUGGUUUGCUAUUAGUCUUUAAAAAGG